AAUAAAAGUUGGAAUUAUUUAAUUAAUUAACUAUAGUUCUUCAUUUAUUUGUCUAUUUUUUUUUAGAUAAAAAAUAAUAAUAAUUAGUAAAAAAAAAAAUGAUUCAACCGUGAGGAUAGCCAAACUUCACUUUUACACGACUGUUUGGACUCAGCUUCACUCAGCUUGGCUUUCACAUCACAUAAAAUUUGCUUUAUUUUGGAUUAUUAUCAAUUAAAUAGUCUUUUUAUAUUAUUCAUAUUGCUUCCUAUCAUAAAAUAAAUAAUGAAAAGCGAUUUGUAUAUCAUCUUUCAAGUGUUUCGAAGCUAAUGUUUCUAUCAGAAGAAUUAUGGUACAUGAAAAAAAAAAAUAGAACCAGGUUGAGUCAGUUAACAUCUGGUUGUAACAACAAACAUUUAAUAACAACAGUACAGAUAAUACUACAAUUUGUCUGUUAUUAAAAAUAAUUAAUUAUAAAUAAUUAUAGAGACUUAAUUUAAAAAGAUAAAUCAUUGAAAAUUAUCAAUUUUUUUUGGUGUAGGUAUAAUUGUGAGAGAUGAUUGAUAAAGUUCUUGAACAAAAAAUAUUGGCAUGACAUAAAGUGUUGCCUAAAAUAUUCAUAGACUCUAAAAAUAUAUUUAAAAAACAUAAUUAAUAUUUUGUAUUAAAUAAUAAUGGACUAUGUUACGUCAAAUCCAAUUAUAAACUCUCCAACUUCUGAAGUACAAUCGCCAAAAACAUCUCUUGUACUGAGAACUCCUCGUAAACAAGAUGGAAAUAAACAAAAACAUAGAGCAUAUCAAAAUAGUAUUGGAGGAUUAUCUGUAUUUCCAAAUCACUUAACUCCACCAUGUGGAUUGACAAAAUUCAUUGCAAGAAAUCCAUUUGAUGCUGAUCUAACAAAUCGUUUACAUAUGUCAGUUCUUAGUCCAUCAAUAUUUUCCAAAGUAUCAUCAGUAUCACCAGAUUCACAAGAAUUUUCAUGGACAAUUGAUGAAUUGGCAAUGAUGAGUCCAGCUAAAAUUGAUGAAUUUUCAAUUCAAAAUACUCAUUGUUCUGAUCCUGAAGCUGAAACACAUGUACAAAAAGCAAUUGAUAAAUUUUUUAGUGAGAGUCAAAUACAUCCAAGUCCUUGGAGUUUAAAAAAAGAACCCAUGAAACCAUUGGUAGAAUUAUCACCAACAGAAUCAGUUGAAGAAGAAGAUCAGCACUCAAACAAAGAUUCACCAAAAAAAACUAGAACUUGCUGGUCACAAACAGAAUUAUCACUACCUCUAGAACUUCCAAAAUCAGUUGAAGAUGCAUUAAAGCCAUAUUUUACAUUUAAUCAAGAUCAAAAUAUUGAUAAUAAUGAUGCAAAUACUAGUAAUAAUAGUUCAUUAAGAAGAAAAUUAUUUUUCAAUCAUGAUGAUUCAUUUGAAGACAGUAUAGAAGAAUCAUUAAUAAUAUCACCAAUAAAAUCAACACUUAGUCCAGCUCAAAGUCAAUUUAAUGGUACACCACAUUGUCAAAAUAUAAAUCAUAUGACAAGAAAUUAUGGCAGUCCAAAUGUUAAUUAUGGAAAUAUGUCACCACUAGAUGUGUCACCAAUAUCAAGCAACACAUCAAAUAACUUGUCAUAUCAAAAUAUUAGAUUACGUAAUAGAUCUAGAUUAAAUUUUACGUCUAAUAUGAGUGUUGAUCAAUCGAUGGAUGAUAAACAUUCUAAUGAAAACCAUCAACCAGUUGUUGUUGUUGAAAAUAUUGAAAAACGUGAUGAUUUUAAUGAUCAUGAUACUGUUGAAAUGGUAUCUUUUUUAAAUGAUACAACACCAUUAAAAAAAUCUACAUUAAGACGUACAAAUUUUAUUGGAAGAUUAAAUAUUGGUGUUGAUUCAUUUAAUAAUAUAGCUGAGUUGAAAAAUAAAGGUGAUAGUAAUAAUACUCUUGUAGGAGAAUGUCCAGAACAAAGUAGUGCAUUUCAAUCUCAAGACACUGGUUAUCAAACAAAUAGUAUUAAUAAUUUGACUGAAAAUCAGUGUUUAACACCAAUUAAAAAACCAUUUUACUGGAAUGAUAAAUUAAUUGAUGAUGUUAAAAAUAAAGAAAUUAAAUUAUCUGAAUGGCAAGGAAAUAUUAUGUUCAGUUCAACUCCAUCAAAGUAUAAUAUAUUACAUAAUAACUAAACUUAAAUUAUAAUUUUUUUUAAUCAAACAACUCGUGUGACUAGUUUAAUUUCAUUGAAAAUACAUUUUGAUAUAUAGGUAUAUUAUUUUUUUUUCUCUGUACAAAAAGAAUGACUUAUAAUAAUUUUAGAAAAUAAUGAAAAAAAAAAAAAACGACAAUAAUGAAGAUCAAUAAAGUAUGAUGAUGAUAAAUAGUGUUUUUCAAAAACACUGUGCAAUUUUAUAUGAUAAAACAUCAUGAUGAAAAAUGAAAAACUAUUUUUAAAUUUUUAAAUAUAGAAAAAUGAAAAAAAAAAUUUUUGAAUAUGAAAAACAUAAUUAUAAAAGUUUAUGAGUCAAAUUGUAUUAUAUUAUAAUGUGAUUACAUAGGUAUGAAUGUUUUUUUUUUACUAUUUAGAAUUAUUUAUUUGUAAUUAUUUGAAUUUUUAGAAAAAUUUAGUUUUAAUAAAUGACAAUCAUGCAAAUAUUUUUGUUGACAAA